AUGCUUGAAUGUUCAACUACUCCCCCUAAGAAUGAGUUUGACCGUUCCAAACACAUUACGUAUUUAAAGCGUGGUUUAACGUUACUUUCACGACAAUAUGAAAUUUCAAAAGAAAGAAGGAAAACUUGGAUUGAUUGGAUUUAUGCACAGCAGAUUUUACCUAAUGAAAAGAAUCCUGAGAUUAAUGAAAAAAUUUGUGGUUUUAGAGGUUCACCAUUCUCCGGCUUACCAUUCGAUGUAAAUGGGUCUCGUGAAUCACGAUUGCCCUUUGAUGCCGCAAAUUUAGCAAUGACUUAUACUGCUUUAACUAGUUUAUUGAUUUUAGGGGAUGAUUUAUCACGUGUAAAUCGUUUUUCUAUUAUCAAUUCUUUAAAAUAUUUACAAAAGGACGACGGAAGUUUCACACAUACUUAUCAGGGUAUGGAAUCUGAUAUGAGAUUCUUAUAUUGUGCAGUCGUUGUAUCAUAUAUUUUAAAUGAUUUCAGUGGAAUUGAUGUUGAAAAAGCUAUAGAAUAUAUAAAAAAUAGUCAGUCAUAUGAUUAUGGAAUUGGACAAGGACCAGGUGAAGAAUCACAUGGUGGCUCAACGUAUUGUGCAAUAAGUUCACUUUAUAUUUUAAAUAAAUUAGAUAUAGGAUUAUUAUCAAAAGAGCAAACGUUAUUUUGGUUGAUUUCUCGUCAAGAAACAGGUUUUCAAGGUAGAGCUAAUAAACCGCCUGAUACCUGUUAUUCUUUUUGGAUAGGUGCUGCUUUGAAGAUUUUGAAUAAAUUUGAAUUAAUUGAUUAUGAACAAAAUCAUGAUUUUUUAUUGCAAACACAAUCGAAAUUUGGAGGAUUUUCGAAAUGGGUUAAUUAUUUUCCAGAUGUAAUGCAUACAUAUUUUGGUAUUGCUGGGUUUUCUUUAAUGAAUGAACCUGGAUUUUUAGAAUUAGAUCCCGCAAUAAAUAUUUCUAAAAAAGCAAAAGAAAAUUUAUUUAAAAAUUGUAAAUUUCACAAACAAAAUUGA